AUGUUGAAGAUCAACUCCUUGCUCAACCCUGCCUCCGAGCACGACAGAUACGGGUUCGCCCACUCCGUCACCCCUCCCAGCACGCCCGCCGACUCCGCACACGCCUACUCACCAACAUCGACCUUGACGUCUCAACCCACCACACCGCUGACACCCACCCCCAAACGCCAGAAGCGAGCCAAGGAUGCCUCCAACUUCACCCCCGGUCCUGCCCGAGGCCCAGUCAACUACCCCCCUUUCGAAUGCAACGAACCAAGCGUCUGCCUCAGCAACAGCCAGCAACGCGAACUGGAGAUGCAGCACCGCCUGUUCAAAGUCCAGCCGACGGGUCGUGACGAGGAGGGUGGACUGAUCUCGAGGAAUGUGCACCAUAUUCCGUACUCGAGCGAGAAGAGGGGUUUCAUGGACAAGACUGGGCGGGGUGGAUUCGAUGUGUUCAAGUACUUCUUCGUCGUCUCUCUGCUGAACCCGAAGACCAAGGUCUACGAGGAACGUAGGUUCCCCGUCAUGUGGGAUUAUCAGGUCGGUUUGGUCCGCAUCACGCCUUUCUUCAAGGCGUGCAAGUACACCAAGACGAUACCCAACAAAUCCCUCGUUGCAAACCCCGGCCUGAAAGACCUCUCCCACUCCGUCACUGGAGGCUCCGUCGAAGCCCAAGGCUACUGGGUGCCAUACUCCUGCGCCCGUGCCCUGUGCCUCACCUUCUGCUACCCCAUCCGCUGGGCCCUCACACCAGUCUUCGGUCCAUCCUUCAUCAAGGAGUGUCUCGCCCCCGACCACCCCGGCUACGGACGCUUCAAGAUCGACCCCGAGGUCAUCCGCAUCUCCGCCCUGGAACAGCAGGACUGGCGUGUUGAUACGGCGAGUCGCGAUGCCACGCCAGCGUACCCGCAAGCUGGGCGUGAGAUCCCGCGAAGUGCACCAGCGGCUCACGAGCAUGUUGACCACAGCAAGCCGCAGUUCAAGCAGGGCUCGCCGUUCUCCGAGGCAUCUUCUGAUCGCAACUACGUCUACUCGUCGCCGAUGACUGACUCACCCGCUCUGUCGCCCAAGAGCAAACAUCGCCCUCUCAUGCCCGUCCAAAGCCCCACCUGGACCAGCAUCAACCGCUCCGGCUACGACAGCCCCAUGUACUCUCACCGCGACAGCCCACCAACCCCUCUAUCCGGUCCACUUCAGACGAACCCCAACUUCUCCCCCAACAUCUCCUGGCGCAACGCAGAACCAGCCCUAGUCCAACUCCCGACCAACACCCGCCGCAUAUCCACCUGUCGCAGCGUCGUCGACGCACCUCCCACCGACGCCGAUUACUCCCCACCUGUAUCCGUCGCUUCGAGCGACCGCAGCAGCAGUGACAUCCAACCCCCUCCUGCGAAGAAGAGGAAGACGUCCAAGUCCGGCAAGCGCAAGUCAUCCACGAGGGCGAAGAACUUGGGUGGGAGGACGGAGUGGACGGAGGAGGAUAUGAAUGCUGCGCGGUGGUUGUUGCGGUUGCACGAGCAGCCGAGGAGUUUUGCUGGUGUUGGGGAUGGGAAGAGUGGUGGGGUGUGA